GCAUAUAGAACUCUGCGCUCGAUUGGUAGAGCCUGGACAAGAUGUCUGCGCCCUUGUGAGAGCUGCCGGUGACAGGCGAGUUGGUCGGAAUGUUGGCGCUGAGGAGAGCGGUGUGUGAAGUCCUGGGCCGGGGUGUCCGGAGUAGCUGUGACUUAGUGUCCUCAGGAAGGCAGAUUGUCAGGAGGCAGCCAUGGAUCGCAGAGAGAGGAUGUCUGCCUGCAGCAGGCACAAGUCUUAUUCAGGUUGCCAGGACGUAUGCAAAGACAAGAGAAGGAAUUAGUAGCCAGUUGGAUGAUUUGCCACCCACAUUGCUUAAGAAGGAAUAUGAGGGAUUGCAAAAAGUUGAAGAGGUUAAUGAUGUUGUCAAAAGGCUUUUGUCAUUAGACUUGGCAAGUCAGUCCGAUAAGCUCAAAAUGAAAACCCAGCAGCUCGUGGAUAAAGUGAAAAGAAAUCCUGAGGAUAAAACAUCUAAGGAAGUCCAAAUUGCCGUUUUGACAGCCAGAAUCCAAAAUUUCAAGGAGCACAUACAACUGCACCCAAAGGACAAGGCAAACAAGAGAAGGAUGCUGAUGACAAUAGAUCGUCGAAAAAAGAUGUUAAAAACCCUGCGUUUGACUCGUUAUGAUACUUUUGAGCACGUAUGCAAAGAGUUGAAUAUUGAAUAUACCUUCCCUCCAGAGUACUACAGACGUGCAACCAAGAGAUGGCAAGCAAAGAAAGCUUUAUGCUUGAAGGUAUAUGAGGAGGUAAAGAAGCAGAAAGCUGCAGGGUUAUUACAAGAGAAGAAGCCUAGACGAUCCAGAGCCAGGACUACUCCAGUACAAGCAUGAUGGAUACUCCUCUUUUCUGCCUUUCACCUUAAGAGUUAAACAUCAUGUUACUUUCUCUUGACCUUAUACCUUCAGUCAUGUUCUACUGUGUCAAAACGUCUUCUGACCCAAAGCCGUCUGCUUCUGAAGGUAGACAUAAGGUUUGACAU